UCCCUAAAUUACCCUUUUGAAAAAUGACAAGAACCAAAGUGAACCUUGCAUGCAUAGCCAACGAUUCCGAAAGGAAAUCCACCUUCAAAAGAAGAAAGAAAGGCCUAAUGAAGAAGGCGGAGGAGCUUAGCAUCUUGUGCGCGGUCGAUACGUGCGCAAUCAUUUUCAGCCCGUACGAUCCCGAGCCAAACGUCUGGCCAUCACCAUUGGAAGUGCAACGCGUCAUCGCGAAGCUCAGGAACAUGUCCCCAUUGGAACAGAACAGGAGAAUGAUGGAUCAAAAGGAUUUCAUAAGCCAACAGCUCACAAGGUUAAGUGAGCAAAUGGCUAAGCAACAGAGGGAAAUUCGGCACAAGGAGAUGACCAAUGUCAUGUUUGAGUGCUUGAAGGGCAAAGGGUUCGAGUAUUUGAACAUGUCUGAUCUGAACGAUCUAAGUAACCUGUUGAACCAAAACAUAAGGGCUAUUGAGAGGAGAAUCAAACUUCUUGAAAAAAGGCAUAACGGUGGUGAGUAAAGUGGGAAGUGGUGAUCGAGGCACGAGUGCUGGGAGUCGUAGUUUUAUUUAUUUCAAUUUUAGUAUCACACAGGUUUUUUUUAUUUUUAGUAUCACACAGGUUUAGUGUUGUUCGUUUAUGAACUUCUGUCGUUUAUUGCUUCGU